AUGGCGAAGUUGCAAGACAAGCCGAAACCAGUGGAUAUGACGCUGAAGAUCAUCGGGAAUGCAGCGGUCGUUAUGAACACGGUCGUGAGGAACCCCGAGGAACCUAAGACCCGCCCUGAGCCGGUAGAACAAACCCAUCCUGACUCGAGUCCGGAAGUUGAGACUCUAGACCCAGAGAGUAUGGCAGAUGUCGAGAAUGAUGCUCAGGCCCCUGAUCCGUCAUUGGAUACCCAGUCACUGACGAGCUGUUCGACAGCGGUCCAAAGGCUGGAGGCGGAAUAUGCUCGGUUAAGAGACCAACUUAUCAUGCUCCCAGAAAUUGAGGAGCUGACCCCAGAAUGUAACAUCGACGAAGCUAAUGUCGGAGUUCCGGGAGUCACAACUCCAGGGAUGGAAGCCAAAAUAAGAGGGAUCCUGAAACGCCAUCGCAGCAUCUUCCUGGGGGAUGGCAACGCAGCCCCAGCCCCGGCCAGGGGCGUGGUGUGUGAUAUCGACGUUGGUGAAGCAAAAUCAGAGGCUCUACGUGCGAGGCAGAUUGCCGCAGCGUUCUUGGUGAAGGUAUUUGAACUCCUGAAGAAGUUGUUGGAGGCAGAGCUCAUUGAGCAUUCAGAGUCCGAAUGGUCAUCACCUAUUGUGAUUGUGCUGAAGAAGAACGGCAUAGACAUCCGAAUAUGUAUUGACUACCGACUUCUGAAUCUGCUCAUAAAGCUAUCUCGCUACCCUCUACCCUUAUUCAAUGUCGAUGAGCUGCUAGUAGACUUCAAGUCUGCAAUGUGGUUUAUGAGGCUCGACAUGGCGAGUGGAUUCUGGGCGGUGCGAAUGACUGAGCGGGCGAAGUUGAUCUCUGCGUUCGUCUGCCCGUUUGGUCACUUUCAAUGGCUCAGAAUGCCUUUUGGAUUGAAGAAUGCACCGUUAAUUUAUCAGAGCAUCAUCAACAACUGUCUGUGGGGAUUCGCCCGUCUACCGAGGAAGCGUUGGUUGACCAAAAAGUUCUGGAGUUUUUGA